CAGCUAAAAGGGCUCGAGUUUGCCUUUUUUUUUUCAGCACUCAUUCAAUUGCUCGUAUGGGCAGUAUACAUUUGUGCAAUUGCACGUUAUUUUUUCUUUGUGUGAUUGUGGAUUAAUUAGACUACAUAUUUUUCGAAUUCAUUGAUACCUACAAUUAAUUGAGAGAGCAGCAUCACUAUAAACAUUGUCCACGGAUAACUCUUAACAAUAGCAGCAAGCAACCGGCAGUGAUCGCCUAACUCAGGAUGUUUCUUUUUUUGGCAUUCAUUAUUAUUACAACAUUGCAUGGAGCAUCAAGAUGUCAACACCUCCCACGCAUAGACGAGCAUCUAGCAAAAACAUGCCAAGAAAUGUUCAACAAUACUUGGGAUGCACGAGACGGUUUCUAUUGGAUAAAUCCCAGCCAAGGCGAUAUGAAAAAAGCUAUCUUCGUUCAUUGUGUAUUUAAAACACGUGAAACAUGUAUAUAUACGAAAUCAGCUCGACGUUUGAAAAUUUUUGAUAUUUCUGCAUUUGAAUCAGAAGUUUGGUUAGUGAAAAAUGAUUCCAGUUACGAGAUCGCUUACCGAGCAGAUGCUAAUCAGCUGAGAAUGUUGCAACAAAUGUCCAAAUCGGCAACACAAGCUAUUACUUACCGUUGUAAGAAUUCAAUUGUCUACUACGACAGUAUCAACAAAAAUUUUGAGAAAAGCAUGAAAUUACUGGGAUGGAAUAAUGAAGAAAUUACUCCACAAAACCUUUCAAAUUUACAAUUUAUGUCCGGUCAUGACAACUGUCAGCAUAAAAACGACGAAUGGUCACAUACGGACAUCACCUACUCGACUAACAUACCUUCCCAACUUCCCAUCACUGAUAUAGCAAUUCGAGAUGUUGGGAGACCUGGACAACUUCUUGAAGUUCACAUUGGACCUGUUUGUUUUCUUUAAUUCUCGAAAUCAAAGCGGCUUGAGAAGUCCAUGAUGAUGGUUUCCGAAAGUUAAGUUAAAAAAUUUCUAGUCGCAUGCACAAAACUCGAGCAGUUUUUCCGGAGGGAGCAACAAACUGGUGACAAACGAUUGAAAAUGGAUGUGAUUCAUCAUAAGACUGGCUUAUUGUUUCCACGACCAGCUUUCAAUAUAGGUAUCCUGAAAAAUGGGUGAAGGAUAUGAUCAUAGUUAUAUAGGUAAAUUUUCAUGAAGAAUUUUGAAUCAACGCGAAAAGGAGCUUCGUUGAUCAGAAGUAGCUGAAAGUGAAGAAUUGAUUCUGUUCCUCAUUCUGUUUCCGAAAUUAUAUUUAUAUAUAUUCGAAAAAUGUUUACCACAACUUUCGAAAUGUAACAAUAUAAUGAAAUAAAAAAUGUUCUAACA